AUGUUCAAAUUAGCUUUGAAACUCGUUCUUUCCCUUUAUUUAGUUUCUGUAAUUCACAUUAUUACUGAAAUUAACGCCACAGAAUCUUUACUCGUUGGUAAUGACCAUUAUCAAGACAUCAAUGUUUUCAGAUCGAAUACGACAAAUGAAAUUUCGUACCCACCUUUUACAAAUUUUCAUCCGAAAGAUCCCGAAUCCAACAAUAAUGAACUUGAAUCUGACGAUACUCUAUUCACGGAUGACGUUGAUGGUGACGACGAUGAUAUAAACGCUGCACAACGUUUGACCCGAAGAGCUUUAAUCCGAGCACGACGUCGAUGUCAAAGCAUUUGCGUAAAUAUAUGCACCUAUCGUCGUCGUUACCGUACUCGUCGAGCUCGUACACAAUGUAGCACAAUUUGUAUUGAAGAAUGUGUUCGCCGUUAUAGAAGACGCUUUGCGAGAGAGGGUCUUAGAAAAGGAAAAGUGCCGAGAAGUGGAGCAGAGGAGGAAAAAUUGGAAUGA